AUGAUGUUACCAUGGAAACAAAUUGUUCUGCUAUCAAUCACCGGAUGCCUUGCAGCCUGUACAGAGGAUGUCAUAUUUCAAGGGCCAAGAUGGAGGACGGAGCCAAGUGACCUAAUUUUACCGAUCGACUCCCCAGACCAGCAGGCUACCAUCACGUGCGAGGCGGAGGGGAGCCCUCUUCCGCAGUACAGAUGGUCACUAAACGGAACACUCAUUGAUCUGGGGAAUGACUACCGGCGUCACAUGUCUGGGGGCAGCCUGAUCAUUAGCAACCUGGACAAGGACCAAGACACCGGGGUAUACCAGUGCACGGCCUUCAACGCGUGGGGGUCCAUCCUCAGUCGCAGAGCCAGCCUGCAAUUUGCAUAUCUUGAUAACUUCAAAACUCAAACGGUGAGGAAUGCUGUCAACGUCCGUGAGGGCCAGGGAGUGGUUCUGUUAUGUGGACCACCUGCAUAUUCUGGAGAGUUGACAUUUGCGUGGAUCUUCAAUGAAUACCCGCACUUUGUCCAGCAAGACAGUCGACGAUUCAUCUCUCAGGAGACCGGGAGUCUGUACAUCGCAAAAGUGGAGACCUCAGAUGUUGGAAACUACACUUGUGUGGUUAACAACACCAUCACGAGGGAGAAGGUGCUCAGCUCUCCCACACCACUAGUUCUACGAAGUGAUGGAGUAAUGGGUGAAUAUGAACCCAAAAUAGAAGUUAAUUUCCCUGAUUCAGUUCCAGCUGCAAAGGAAUCGAUGGUGAAACUGGAAUGCUUUGCUCUGGGAAAUCCUGUCCCAGAAAUAAGCUGGAGGAGAACCAGCGGCAUCCCUUUCCCCAGCAAAGUGAAAAUGAAGAAUUCAAACGCCGUCCUUGAAAUCCCCAAUUUCCAGCAGGAAGACGCUGGGACGUACGAAUGUAUGGCAGAGAAUCGGCGAGGCAAAAAUGCAGCACGGGGUCGUAUCUCAUUCCAUGCUAAACCUCACUGGCUCCAGACAAUGACGGACACAGCUCUGUCUAUCGAGGAAGACAUUUUUUGGGAGUGUAAGGCCAAUGGAAAGCCUAAACCGUCCUACAGCUGGCUGAAGAAUGGGGAGCAAGUGAUGGCUGAGGGCCGGGUACAAAUCGAAAACGGGGCCCUCUCUAUAGCUGCAUUAAACCUGUCCGAUUCCGGGAUGUAUCAGUGUGUGGGUGAAAACAAACAUGGCAUUAUUUAUUCUGGUGCCCAACUAAUGGUGUUAGCUUCACCUCCCAAUUUCUCCAAAAGUCCAUUAAGGGCGUUGCUAAAAGCUCGCUCAGGCAGCGAAGUCACUCUUGAAUGCAAGCCUCAGGCCUCGCCCCCAGCAAUUAGCCUGUGGAAGAAAGGGAAUGAGAUCCUGCAGAGAACCGAAAGGAUUACUUUGCUUGCCAAUGGGACUUUAAAGAUUGCCAAUGUAACCAGACGGGAUGCAGCCAGCUACACGUGCAUCGCUAAAAAUCAGUUUGGGACAGCAAGCACAAGUGGGAGGCUGCUUAUCACUGAGCCCACCAGGAUCACCAUGAGGCCUACUAACAUGGAGAUUAUUGUUGGCGAGAGCAUCGUGUUACCCUGCCAGAUUGCCUGCGAUCCAGCUCUGGAUGUUUCUUUCUCGUGGGCAUUCAACGGCCAGCUCAUCGACUUCCAGAGAGACAGCGAUCAUUUCGAAAGAGUGGGCGGGAGUAUAUCAGGGGAUCUAAUGAUUCGUAACAUCCAGCUGAACCAUGGAGGGAAAUAUGUCUGCGUUAUUGACACUGAUGUGGAGAACCUGUCCAUCUCUGCCAUCUUGGUUGUCAAAGGUCCACCAGGUCCUCCGGACAAGGUAACAGUUGAGGAGAUCACAGACAGCACAGCACAGCUUUCCUGGACUCCCGGAAGGGACAACGGCAGCCCCAUCACCGGCUACAUCAUCCAGGCCCGGACGCCCUUUACUGUGGGCUGGCAGGCUGUUGACACAGUGCCGGAGGCUGUCAACGGUAACAUGCUGACAGCAACAGUUGUCGGUCUGAACGCCUGGGUGGAGUAUGAGUUCAGGGUGGUGGCCCGCAAUACCGUAGGCCUUGGAGAGCCCAGUCCGGCCUCAGCCAAGACCAGGACAGAGGAUGCCAUUCCUGAUACAGCUCCCACUGAUGUCGGAGGUGGAGGCGGCACAAAGUCUGAAUUAGUGAUAACAUGGGAGCCUGUUCCCGAGGAACUGCAGAACGGAGAGGGCUUCGGCUACAUCAUCGCCUUCAGGCCCGUGGGCACGGUCACAUGGACGCGAGCGGUUAUCUCCACACCCGGCUUGGCACGUUACGACUUCCGCAACGACACUAUCCCAGCCUUCUCGCCUUUUGAUGUGAAAGUGGGGGCGUACAACAACCGAGGGGAGGGGCCCUUCAGCUCUAUUGCCACCGUGUACUCGGCAGAGGAAGUCCCCAGUGUGGCUCCUAAGAGGGUUAGGACUAGAAGUGUGUCUGCACUGCAAAUUGAAGUGAUCUGGGAAGCUCUUCCUGCCAUCUCAGAAAGAGUUCUUGGAUACGAGGUUGUGUACUGGGAAGACGACACCAAGCCAGACACUAUUGGCAAAGUGCGCAUAUCUGGAAACUACACGCUGGUUAACAUUACGGGGCUGAAAGCAAACACAGUCUACUACCUCUUUGUGGCUGCAUUCAAUACGGCCGGCCCCGGGCCACAGUCUGCAUCCAUCAACACCACCACAAAGAAACCACCUCCAGAUCGGGCUCCACUCAACAUACAGUGGACCAUGAUUGGUUCCACACUCACGAUGCACUGGGAUCCUGUUGUAGCUAUGGAGACAGAGUCAAAGGUCACUGGAUACUUGGUGCUGCUGAAGAGACACCGCUACAAUGACAUCAACGCUAUCUCGACCAACAAAACCACUGUGGAGCUCAGCCUCUCCCCUAACGACAACUAUCUCAUUCAGAUCAAGGCCAUGAGUGAGGGCGGCGAAGGUGUGGGCAGCGAACCCAUCCACAUACAUAAAUUAAGCAUGGGAGCGCGGGGCUCAGGAGCGAUCCGCCUCAGCCCAUUGUACCUCUCUGCAGUCCUCAUCAGCGCCCUGCUCUGCUCCGCCUGGUGAUGUCUAAUCGGAGCCUAUAGAGCGGCCUCCCUCCCCCUCCAUCCCUUCAGUCAGCCUGACCACUGGACUGGCACAAGGCCCGGGCUUCAGUGGCAGGACUGGGAAAGACUGGAAAGGACUGGACUCCGCCAAACACUUAAAGGGACCACGCCACUUUAUUUUAAAGGGCCAUCACAUAGAGACGUGAUGAUUUUGCGUGCAUGAUAUCUUUCAGUAUUUCUUACAGCGUCAUAAGUGCCACAGUGCUCUAGGUUUCAUUUUAGAAGUUAUGAUGUCUACAUGACUUAUCUUCUUAGUAUCUUUGUAGAUACUAAUGCCUUAAAACACAUUUUACACAUACAGUCCAUACCAAAGUAGGUGACAGGCUGCUUGCUUUAUGGUUUCUUUAACCCUAUAUACUCACAAGAAUUUAUCUUUCUUAAGAUCAACUUCUCAACAGAUGAUUAACCUAUAUUCAUUGUUAUAUCCAUGUUUUAUUGCCUCAACAAUGAAUCCUAAACUAAACCAGUUCCAUUGACAGAACAUCAGCUAAUAUCCUGAUCACAUUGCAGCUUUUGCCAAAAGAAACAUCCAUUGCAGGCUUAAACAAUUACCAGGCGUUGACAGAUAUAUGAAAGAUGCAUAGCAAAUUGAUCAACUGUGCCUCAAACCCACUUAUCUCUGCCUACUGAGGUACUAUUAGGUCUGUUCGAGAGUCAUGCAGUCUCCUGAGCUUAAGGCCACAAUACUCUGAUAGAUCUUGGCAUUUUGCCAUCUCUUGAUUCUCUAAAUAAUAUAUGCCUAUCACACUCUAUAUUGGUAGUCUAGCUAAAACGCCGGGUGUGCAGAAGAUAGAGAUGUGUGGUGUUACUAUGUCAAGCAGAUCCCAUGUGUACUGUUCCUCCUCUACAUUUAGAUGACCUGUAUUCUAGAUACGUAUAUCAUAUCACGGAACAUGUACCAUCUAUUCCCCUAGAUGACCAGCUAGCCCAGUGCACAAUGGACUACAGGAUAACAGUGCCUUCACUAGAGCUCACUAGUUCACUCACUCCCUCCUUUUCAAAUAUCUUAGGGGGAAAGAUUCAUGUUGCAGAAGAGGCAUUUUUUGCUUUUCUUUCUGAAUAAGUUAGUUACAAAGGACAGGAAACUUAGAAUGUAGAUUGAGCCCAUUAUUGGAAAAGGUAUGUUAAUUAAAUUUUCAUUUCGACAAGUACAACGGGGUCUACCUUAAUAAAAAAGGGUUGGAAGCUUUAGGAAAGCCGCAAUGGAUUGAGAUAUAUAGCGGAAAUUUUGGUCCCAGUAUUUAUGGUCUGUGAUAUAAUAAAUGUAUGACUCCAUCCGAAGCAUAAUUUAUGGGCUAUUACGGCAUCAGAAUAAUUGAUGCAGAUACCGCAGUGAAAGUGCCCUGACUGGAAAUGGAGCAAAAGGCAUGGCUGUCAUUUUACCCCCACCCCAUCACCGUCUAUUGGAUACAAAAAGAACAUUGCUGCGCUGCUGAGGGAGCUACUUUUCACGCCCUUUUAUCAUGUGGAUGAAUCUGUCAAAGCCACCCAAGAAAGAGCCGAGGUGUGAUUACUGGGGUCCUGAAAAUGUUCACAUGGAUGUUAGCUGAACUGCUACACAUUACUGUGCCUUUGCCGAACAUGGGGCUGUGUGCGGUCAUUAGCUCGGAGGCUGUCGUCGUCUGUAUUUUGCACUCUCUUCCCCCCACUUCCUCAAAUUCGAAUGAAAGCACAAGGAAUUGAUGCAAGGUGACUGGAUGUCCUCACUUAGCUGUUUGAACAGGUGUGCAGACCCCAGAGGCCUCGUAAAAAGUCCAAACGGCCGACGUAAUCAGGCUGUCCUAUCUGCUCCUUGAAUGGUUUCAUAAAGCUCUGUGCUCUUUGAUUAGACUGCUGCAGACCAGUCAAUGGGAUAUUGAUUUUCCUGUCCCAUAAUUACAGCUGUCACAAUUCAGCUGCUUGAUUGACUGAUGGCUGCUUACUUAUUGCACUCGUUUUGUUGUGUUACAGUCAAUGAUGUUUCAGCACUACUUUGCUCCCUAUCAGACAUCUUCAAAGGCAUUAUUUUUUCCUGUUGUGUUUUGGUUUGCUUUUAUUAGAAAUCUCACUGUAUUUGCUAAAUUUUUCACCGUUUUUAAAAGUAUUUUGUAGUGUAGUGGUAUAUUGUGAUUUUGAAUUGGAGCAGUGACCUGAAAUUGAUUGGCUUGUUGAUUGUUUUGAGUUACACGUCGAAGUACUGCUGUACAUUUUCUUUCCAACCGUAUUAGAGCCCAGUUACACCAGCAUUAAAAGGACCAGUGUGACGGAUUUAAUGGGAUUUAUUGGCAGAAAUGGAAUAUAAUAUUCAUUAUUAUCUGAACAUUAUAUGUAUAAUCACCUGAAACUAAUGCUGCAUUUCCACUGCAUUGUACAGCCCAACUCUACUCAACUCGAGGCACUCUUAUUUGUUUUUCCAUUGGGAAGAGUUGUGGAUAGUUCCUGGUACCUGGUACUUUUUUGUUACCACCUCGGUUGAGGUUCUAAGUGAGCUGAGCUAAUACUAGAAGGUGGAGUUUGAACUCUGCAGACCACUGAUUGGUCAGAGAGAAACAUAAAUUGCGCAACACGGGACAUCCUGCACAAACCCCUGUAUUUUAAAUAGCCUAGCUACCGUGUUACUUGACCCAGAUCCAAUAAAAUGGCAGCCUGCAAAACUACGGCAUUAACAAUUAAAGAUGUACAGACCUUCCUCUGUUUGUUCCAUUGAUGAUGAUGUAACGGUUGUUUCACGUAGCGUCGCUAUGGCGAUCAGCUAAUGAUCCUGCCUAAAAUAAAAUAGUUAAAAGGACCUUGUACUAAAAGCUGAGUCAAGUUGAGCAGAGCUGUACCAUGCAUUGGAAAUACGACAAAAUAAUAGUUGUGUUUUCAUUAGGUAAGAAUGAGCUCUCCCUAUCUACAUAGGGAGCGGGUCCUCUUCCUUGGACAGACAUGUUUCUACAGCAGCCCAGGAUGAAUAAACCAAACACUGGCUCUAGCUCUGACUUUUCGUGUUUAUAUGUUGAAGUGGCAACUUGAAUUAAGUAACGCGAAUAUAUCGGAAAUGCACUUGAAAACCACCUUAGGUUCUUCUACAUGCUUGAAAAGGGUAGGGUGUGGUUGGGUAUUCGGUUGGAGCUGCUAUUUGCCACUUAAUUCCUACACACUGGUCCUCUAAAACUGUAAAAAUGUUAUGGUGAAAUCAGUUCAUUUCAAUGAAAUUUCUGCGAUCAGCGGAUGCACUUGUGGGGCAAAGUACAUUUGUGUAAAUUUCAAAUUUAGUGAAGUUUUUUGUGCCAUUACCCAACCUUCUUGACAAACUGGAUACAAAAAAAAUGGUGGAUGCUAGCGUAGCUUAUUUGCUGUGUUGCACUAACUACUUUCAUUUAACCCUCCUAUGUCGGAGUACGACCUGCUCCACAAGAAGCAAUGUUUUUAGACAAAUAUGUUUAUGGAAAAAACUGUGUUAAUAUAAUGUUUUAUUUACCAAGCUAAUGAGCAUUGGUGAGCUAGCUAGCUAGCUCGGGGAGUGUUUUUUUUAAUAAUAGAAAACAAAGAACUGACUAGCAAUAGCAUGUUCCCAGCUGUUUAACACAUUUAACCGUUAGCUCGACUGCUACAGAAGUUCAAAAACUAGCCCUGCAAGUACUCAAUAUGUCACCAAGCCUCUAGCAAUGCCCGUUUUACAAAGACGUGGGGAUGAAUAUCGCUGUGCCCCUUUCUGGUGUGACCGGGCAUCAAAGCAACUUGUGUGUGCAAAUACUUGAUUCAAGUGGUGUUAAUAUUUCCGGUAAAAUCCAAAUAGGGUAAACUCAUUGCAAGAUAGCAGAUUCAUAGGUUAUUAAUUUACAGUGUUUAAACGUGUGACAGUUUCUCAGAGCUUUCUUGAUUUUUACAUAGUUGUUAUUCAGCCUAAUAUUUCUUACCUCUGCUCAUGCUCACAUUGAAAAAAAAACUAUUGUUUCUGGCCUUGCGCUUUAAUAAAUAUUACAAAGUACAAUCUAAUGGAAGCGAACGAACGAGCGAUCAGAGCCAUCAGCUUGAAUGGUUGAAGUGUAUUGAUCACAGAACAACAACAUCAACAAUAUAUCUAUUUAUAUCCAUAAGGUCUGUUUGGUUAGAUUGGUUUCUGUGGUUGUUAUUGCUAGAAAGGAGUGUACCUGGUGCAGUGUAUAUAGCUUGCAUAUAUUUUUUAACAUGGCCAUCAAAGACCACCUUACUGCUUUUAUAUAGUGUGUUCCCCAACCUUAAUACUGCAGUAUUAAUCAAUGAUCUCUGUGAGAUACUGACAUGUAGAGUGGCAUUUUCAUAUUGAAAAGUAACUGUUUUGUCUUGUAUACUAAAAUUGUGCAUGUUAAUCAUUGUUUGUGAAUUUGUGUUGGAUUUUUUCUAAAAGUAUAACUUAAUAAAAAUGUUUAUUCCA